AUGCCUCCAAACUCAAUCCCCCCUUUCCUUCUCCCCCGAGGCCUUCCCACCUCCCGAACCCUCCGCACGCUCCAACAAACACAACAACACGGCCGUCAUGAGCUGAGCACCGCCCCCCGCCGCUGCUUCUCCGAGACUCGCAGCGCAGCGGCAAAGUCCAAAAGGGUCACCGAUAAGUCGCGCAUUCUCUCGCAACCAGACAAGUUCCGCCCGCCGUCGCACCCGCAGCGUCUUGUGACCCCAGCGCGCACCUCGCCCUCCGGACAACCAGUUAACUAUGGCCGGCCAUUGAGUGCGGAGGAGCGCGAGGCGCAGAACCAAAAGCAGUACCCCAACAUGUUCCCGCCAGAGGGCACAGUGAUGUUCAAGUUCCUGACUUCUCGAUGGAUCCAUAUCUGGAUUGCGAUGGGCACACUCACCACCCUUGCCACCUUCACCUUCACCACAAAUUUCAAGGCCACCUCGCCCUUUGCGCAUCUCCUCCCGGCAUGGUCGGACCUCUUCACGCACCCGAUCGACACCUGCUCGCAAGCGCUACAUGUCUACCGCAUGCACGUGCAGCACGAGUCUAUGCGCGUGCGCGAGCAGCGCCACCGCCGCGUCGAGGAUGCUGAGAAGCGGAGGCAGUACCGUGUUGCGCAUGGGCUGGAAGAGGCGCCUGAGAAGGAGGCCCCCGCCGAGGGGCUGGAAGGCCAGUCGCCCGUGGCGGUGGGCGUUGCUGCGGCUGCUAAUGCGGAGGGUGCGGGUGACGACUUUGUUGACUGGGAGGGGAAGAAGAAGCCUGUUAAGAAGUGGCUUGGGAUUUGGUGA